GAGCUCCACUUCCUAAGUAAAGCAGAGAGAUUAGUGAUUAGGGUUUUUUCCAAAACAAUUAGGGUGGUUUUUAGGAACGAUUAAGGCUUCUUUCUGGGAACAAUUAGGGGUUUUGGGAACCUAAAAGCAUCUUUAGUUGGGGAUUUGGGAUUCGAAAUAAUCUGGGAUUAGAGUUUGAGUCACUAUACUAUAUCAUGAGUCAAUCUAUGGCAUCCCAUUCUCAAGGUUCUGAAGCAACAAGUGGAAAUAGGGGUGGGUUUUCAUACCUGAGUUCAACUAUGAAAGAAAGACUUGAUUCUGCCACUGUGGUGUUGUGUCUCCAAGGAAGACAACAUGGAUUGAACCACAUGCAGGAAGGAGGUUGUAUGGAUGCUGCUACUUGCGAUUUUGAAAGGUGUACUGAGAUGCUAAAGGAUGAAAUGGCCAGGGAGUUGGAGUGCAGGAUGAAAGCGAUGGGUGAUGGUGUUUGUGUUGGAGUUGAGAAUUCAGUUAGGAGGUUGAUUAAGAAUUUGUUGUUGAUUAUUUUAGUUGUUGUUGUGGUUAUUAUAGCAUUUGUUUAUGGUCAACUAUAAAAUGGCCAAUUCCUAAACUGUUUUUGUUAUGCUACUCUUUUUGUUAAGCUAGAAGGUGGUAGUUAAUGUAGACAUUGGUAGCCAUGUAGGGUUUUGUAUGUGUGAAUGUAAAGCAGCCAUGUCUCUUGUCAUGUAAAGCUAAAAGGU